UCGUCUGGGGAAACAUGUGUCAUUUGUUGAAAGUUGAUAGUCUUCACGCCUUAGAAGUUAAUAGUGGCUGUCCUGCAUAUGGUUGGAUUAAGGUUUAAGCCAAUAAUGACCUCUGCCGCUCUGUAUGCAGAGAUUUAGACCUCCUCUCAGUGAAGCCGAUGGCUUUGUGGCAGAAACGUCAAUGGCCACUGGCUGACGCCUGAGUCCUUCAUUGGAAUGCCAACUCCCAAAGUUUCAUCUCUUCUGGUGUACAAGUCCAAUUGGCGCCGCCAAAUAGAGUAGAAGCCUCAGGCUGUAAAAAUCUGGAGGGUGCAAACGAAGAGCUUUCCUCAGGCAUUUGCAAAUCCUGCGAAUCCGCACCCGGCUUCCCCCGAUUGGAUGAAAGACCGCCGCUGGUAUCCCUCUACUGAUGCUAAGAUGGGCACCAUAAUUUUCGAAGAAAAAUUCGUUCGGCCUCAGUCAUCCACUUGGUCCGGCGGUGGGAAUUUCACUCGUUUGUCCAACCUUGGCCCCGGCUGACCUCCUUGGCCAAUCCCCAAGGUGGGUCCUCUUUUCUUGCCAUUCCUCUAUCCAGCUCCAGUUCUCUUUUUCUCUCUCUCCUUCUUCCUCCAGACUUGACCUUCACCACUCCAUCCAAUCCAUCCAGUCCAAUCUUCCAAACCCCCUCAAACCAUCACAAUGGCCUCCCGUGUCUUCGCCUCCCGCCUGGCCUCCCAGAUGGCCACCAAGGCUGCUCGCCCUGCCAUGCGUGCUCCCGUCGCUGCCGCCAAGCGCACCAUCACCACUGGCAGCCCCAUGCAGGCCAUGAAGCGCCAGACCAUCCAGGCUGCUGGCCGCAACGCUUUCCAGGCUCAGCGCCGUGCCUACUCUUCCGAGAUCGCCCAGGCCAUGGUUGAGGUCUCCAAGAACUUGGGUAUGGGUUCUUCCGCCAUCGGUCUGACCGGUGCUGGUAUUGGUAUCGGUGUCGUCUUCGCUGCCCUCAUCAACGGUGUUGCCCGCAACCCCGCUCUCCGUGGCCAGCUCUUCUCCUACGCCAUUCUGGGUUUCGCUUUCGUCGAGGCUAUCGCUCUUUUCGACCUCAUGAUUGCCCUGAUGGCCAAGUUCACCUAAAUUGCCUAUCGAGAGAUUGGAACAGCUCCGGCCAGUGGAUGGAGCAAUUAAUAAAAGGGGACGACGUUGGACCGUCCACCAUUUGGAGUUUGAUGGUUUGUCAAAUGCAAUUGGGGUGCCAACGUGCACAAUAAAAUAAGGAAGAUGAUGCAUCAUAGACGGUGUUAGAGAUUGGGGAAUUUGGUCAUCGAUGAAAAUGAUGUCCUCUGUCUCAUAGAUUUUGGGUUACCACCCGUCACGCUCCGUCAUGGAGUCGAUUGUAAAAUAAAAAAAAGCCUCAAUUUUCAUUUCGCCUCUUCAGUAAAUGAAGGGCUUUGAUCAGUUCAAUUUGAUGUACCAGCCAAAACGCGAUGAGCUUGAUCCGCAAACACUUGUUUGUAACUAUUAUCAAGCCGCUUUUUGACAAGAGGGCAAAUUCAUUGAUAUGACGGGAUAGAGAAGCGUAAAUUUCAGCAAAUAGAGCUCUUCUUUAGAACUAUAGCUAUCACGCAGGCGGGGAACUCAUCAGCAAUUAUUUUUGUGGUUUUCACCGACUUGGUGAGCGCUGAGGGCUAUACUGUGCGUGAUAUAUCGACCAAGGUGUCCACAACCUGAGGGAAAGGAUUGCUCCACACGGUGUUAAAGUGCUGGGCGAGCCUGAUAGCGGGGGAGGGGUUUUGCUUUGUGCUUCACUCAAAGCUGGCGAGCUGGUUUCAAGAGUGGACUCGUGAACAAUGCCCAGUGAUAGUCUGGUGGACCUCAACGAGAUAAGGGAAGGGAUGGCCUGUAUGCCCCAUAGUGGAUCAACUGAAGAGCAUGAGAUCAUAUAUAUCUGCAGUGUCUCAGUAAUUGGCGGUGAUAUUUCGACGUCUCUGUUCAGGAAAUCAAGAUGAUUGAUUGUAAGGCAGCAUAUGCCAUCUUCUGCGAGGCUGAAAUGAUAGCCAGCCAGUCGUCUUGUAUGUCUCAACCCAACAUGGUAGCCGGAUUAGCUUCGUUUGCCAAGCACGAAUUCAACACCCUCGAUGCCCUGCAGCUUUUGAUCGCACAUUCAGGCCUUAUUCGAUCAGCUCUUUGGGCAAACUGAGUUUCGCAAUGCCAUCAACGAAUCGCGCCCAUAGCUAGGCUCCGUGGAAGUCACUCGGGCUAUCGCUAAUAUUCGUCUUUGACUAGAUGCUCGGAUCCCAGGAAGUCAUGCUAAGGAUCCAUGGCCUUGUUUGAUAUUGGACCACCAUCUUCUGCCAAUCGCCCUCGUUGAUGAUCCUUGACGUGCCGUUCUCAUUUGAUCCAAGUGGAUUGGAGUAAUCAUUUACUCGUGUUGAGGUUUUGAAGAAGAGCAGCCAUGUUGACGAAGCGCUCAGAUGGUGGCAUUCUCGCUCAGUAUUGGACUUGGGACGAAGAACAUGAAUGGCGUGCAUCACGGUACUUCUGCGCCAUCUGCCGCGUCGUUCCGAUUAGGCGGAUUGAGAAUCUCGUUCAUCGUGUCGACGCUCAUGCAAUCGAAUUUUGGAUGGUUGAAAAGUCUGGUCUCGAGAGACAAGCAG